GUUUUCUUGAUCACUGAUGCACAAUGUACUAUCUCUGAGCAAGCCUUUUAUGUCGGAUACAAAUCUGUGUUCAUCUUAUCGCAAUGUGAAGCAGGAACCCGUAAAAGGCUAUGGAGGUCAGCUGAUCCUCCUACAAGAUGACCUUUUUUCAUCCCCUGCCGAUUCUGCUUGUACAAUUGAAUCCGGAGAGAAAUUAGCUGCCGAAUGUGUCAACGAUUGCACGUUUCUUCGUGAGCCAACCACGAAUCAAUCCUUCUUGACGGAUUCUAAGUUCUUCUCUACAACAUUGCUUGAUGAUAUUCACGGAAGAAAAUCACCUACGAUUAUCGACGCUUUCCAUAAUGUCAAAAAGCUGUGUCGCAAUCGAGUGGAUGCGACAUCAUUGCUUAAGCCUCGUCCAUCACCUUUGAUGCCGAAUAUUUUCAUUGCUGGUGAAAGUCAGUUCACAGCCUACCAUUCACGUCUUCAUGGGAGCGGCAGAGCGCAUUCUGAAGGAUAUUCUUCAUGCUCGUCCAAUCAAUCUCUAACAAGUCCCAAAUCUUGCCAGAAAGUUGGACACUCCUGCAGUACACAUAUUCGUGACGGAGUAGGCGAUAGCGAGAAGUUGCACUGGAGUCCCGUUGAUGAUUUUCUGGCUUCUCCACCUACGGAAUACACGGACCAUGCGUCCGACUCGGGUUUCACUGUCGGCGACAUAAGUCUUACUCAAAGAAGCAGCGAAGCUGUUAGUGAUUUCUUUUCGCAAUGCGGAAGCACUCCGGGUUCACUAUACAACAUUCCUCAAGAAUUGCAGUAUGCAGAGUGCAACGUUGAAGGUCAAGAAAAUCAUCGUGAUGGUCGUGGUCAUCCACUUGCCCACACAACCGAAGUAAGCGGGAGCAGUGUUUCACCUGUGAGUACUAUAUCGUCAAGCCGAAGUUCCAUCCACAGUCCAACACCUAAACGAAGGCGACUUGGUGCAUGUAGGUUGAACGGGACUGGAAUCGGUGAAUCCUUUUGA